CGCUUUGGACAGCACAAGAUCCUCCCCGACCUCGCCAGGACGCCGCUGUCCCCCGAGCUCGCCGCCGCUCGUCUCCCGCUGACGAACCCCGAAGUUCACCAGUUCAGCGUAGCAGGCAGGAUGUUCGUUCUGAGCCAGAUUGAGCACGACCUGCCAAUGCCGCCAGCCUUGCUGAGUCGCCCCCUCGUCGACGCCAUCAAGGCCGAGCUUGAGAGGCUCUUCCUGGAUAAGGUGGUUGCAAAUCUUGGGCUCUGUGUGUCUGUCUACGACAUCAUCGGCGUCGAAGGUGGAUUCAUCUUUCCAGGAGAGGGCUGCUCCACAUAUAAAGUUUCCUUUAGGUUGUUGAUGUUCAGGCCGUUUACCGGAGAGAUUCUUGUUGGGAAGAUCAGUGGAUAUGAUGAUAAAGGUUUACAAGUUUCACUUGACUUUUUCAGCGAUAUAUGCAUUCCAGCACACUUGAUGCAAUGUGGCACAGAGAGGGGGGAAGAUGGCAGGUGGAUAUGGAAGACAAAUGGUGAUGAACUUUAUCUUGAUAUAGAUGAUGAGAUACGGUUUUUGGUAUCUAGCAUAAAGUACCCACCAAUACCAGUUGAGCAAAAUGAGGAUGACAAGCCAUUUGCUCCAAUGCAGAUCAAUGGGAGUAUUAAUGGGGAUGGUCUGGGCCUUCUUGCUUGGUGGGCAGCAGGUGAAGAAGAGGAAGAGGAAGAGGCAGAGGGCGAGGAAGAGCAAUAGCUACAAGUUGCUUCUGGGAACUGCUUUCUGUAAUUAGAAAUUUAGCCCAAUAGCUACAAGUUGCUUCUGGGAACUGCAAGAGCUGUUAGGACUUCAUCCUUGCUGAUAAUCUAAUGAUGCUAAUGCUCGCCACCUAGGAAUGUAAGCGAAGACGAAGAAAAUCUGUAGUGGAUAACAUCACUGUUUACCUCUGCCAAGUUUUGGUUAUUACACCUACAAUGGUAGAUCUGGAAGGGAAAUCAACAUUUGUUUGUUACUGUGAAAGUGUGAAAGGUGGGACAAGAUGCAGAUGCCACAGAUAUUUUGUA